AGUUGGCGGGAAAUAAUUCUCCAGGGUAGUCUUGUUUGCUGUCAAUGUCGACGGUUCCAGAAAUAAGGUCACUCUUUGUGUCACUAGCAUCUGAACUGAAGUCCAUAAGUCCGGCGACCGGAAAUGAAGCUCCAAAUAUGGACCUCUCUAUCACAAAUCUCAACCGUUCGCUUAACCUCGCCGAAACAAUUUCUAGAGUUAGGGUUUUGGACACUGCCCUUUCCGCUUUGUGCUUCACAUCAUCCCAGGUCUUUAACUGUACAAUUGAGUACUUGGUGAAGACGAUUGCUACAGUGCUAUCUUCUUCAAUUGAAUGCAAGGUUCUUAAAACUGCUGACGGGGAGGUUCUGCAAAUUGGUGGAUUGAUUUCUGGUCAGGAUUGUACCAGAAUAGUUGAAUCUUGUGCUGAUGUUCUGCAGAAACUUGAAAGAUUUCAACCAGAUCUUUCUCCAAUCAUUUUGUAUGCUGUUGUGAGGGUGGCAGUAGCAUCACGAGUUCACUAUUUACUGAAAUUGCCUCCUAUGCUUGACCUAAGAUCCAUUGAUGGAAGACACUGUGCUUUGCUGAAACAGGUACAUUGUCAAAAGGAAAUUAACAUUGAGAGUGGAAAAAUACCGCUAAGGUUGCUCUCAUGGCAACUAGAUCACAUGCUUCUGAAGUAUGAUGUAUCUCAAAUUUUGCAAGAGGUCAUUAAGAGACCUUUCCUUUGUUUAGAAAUGGAAUUUCAUGAGAGGAAAGAGUGGCGUUCAAUUGUUAUAUGUUUGGUACUUUCUCCUGUCAUGUUUACUGAGACUAGAUCCCUGUUGCAUUACUGGUUUCUACUGACGGGUUUGGCUUCUAUUCUAGAGCUUCAUGUUAAGCUGGUCUCCCUAGUGCUAGAUAUUAUUUCCAGACCAAUGUGGUGGGGCAUAUCAAUGGAUCUUGGAUCAAAACUUCCAUUUUCACAUUCUUACUUUCCAUGCAAGAAGCAGAUUUUGAGGAUUUUGACUGGACCUUUGUCCUUGGAAUCUUUGGAGUUUCUAGUUCAUGAAGUUUGCAAGCCAGUUGACGCAUUUUCAAAUAAAGCUGUGAAUAUUGCCAAAGUAAAUCAAAGUUCUAUUUGGGCAAUUACAAUAACUUUCCCUUCUUGGUUCAUUUUCGCUUCUAUUUUGCUCUUCUCAGAAAAGAGUUUGAGGGACAAGUACAGGUCAGCAUGCAUAUAUGGAGAAGGUAAUCUUAACAAUUCACAGGACGUUAAAGCUCCUUUUCUUGCUACUGCUGCAAAGUUUAUAGCAUGGAGUUUGAACCCUGCUGGUGGAUCCUACUUGGAACUUUUAGUUGAUAAUCUGAUCAAAUUUUCCAAUUUAUGGACUAUUAAGAAGCUUGGCUCUGAUGAAGGCAAUGAGACAACUCUUUGUCGCAACAAGGAAGUCAGGGGAUCUCUGUCCUUUAAGAAGGAAAUGGUGAAUAUCCUGGAUUCCAAUUGCCAAGCACUUGCUUUCUGGAUUAAAGAAUUUCAGGACAUGUACAAUGGGCACUCAGACAAAGUAAAUGAAAGCUUUGCUCCAGAUAAAGAACGAACACCAGGUGUUAGUGUACAGAAGAACAUGUUGUUUCGGAGGAUACCAAUAGGCAUCUUGUUCGGAUGCUUGAAUCAUAUAAGUGAUGCUGAAUGUGAACUGCUUUUGCAUUAUGGUGCAACUGGUACUCUCAUGCAAUUAACCGGAGGACAACCUGGAAUGAAGGAUAGGAAAUCUAACCAUGAAAGGCAAAAAGGUUUGAUUGCAUGGGCUGAGACAUACACAGGAAAAGAGGCUACAGCAGGAGCUCGUAUUGUCUUUGACAUAACUGAUGUAAGUGAAAGUAUAUCAGCUUCUAUGUUUGAAACUGAGGAAUGUGGACUCAAUUUUGUGUGUGACGUGAAACUAAAGGUUGGUAGAUAUCUAGUCAAGUGUGUGAAAAGGCUACUCCAACUCACACUAGAGAUAAACAGCAUACAGCUGAACAUGAAGGAUCUCUAUGACAGAAUGCUCAGGUGGAGAAAUCAAGGGCGAGAUGUUUUUCAAAAUUAUAGGGAAUUGGAUAAUAUAAUAGAUGCCUGUGCUUCAGCAGCCUUUUGAAGACCCUGUACAACGGCAAUCGAAUGUGCAAAACUGAUUAAGGCAUGGGCCAUAGGAAAUUGUUUUGGAGGCAUUGUUCUGCUUUGUAAAAGUAUUAUCCUCAAGUAAGCAAUCUUUUUUUUUUCAAAGUUAUGUUGAUAGUCCUACAUUGUAUAUAGGUCUUCUGUGCUUUGUCCAUUUUUUACUGACAUAAUGCAAGUUUGUCUACCCAUGAAAUUCUUAUAUAUCUUACUA